GGCCGCAUUGGGCCAGUCGCCAGGAGGCUCCGGUCGGGCAGCGCCGUCGCACCGCCCAACAUCGAAUCACACAUGAACCCGCCGCCCAACAUUGAACUGAUACGUCAAGAUUAAACAGAGGCACGAGCCACGUGAACCGACGAGUCAAAGGUUAAGUUAAUGCGCUGGCCACGACAAGACCUAUCAAAGUGCACACCCGUACCCAACCUCACCUCGCAUCCCUGCCUUGGUAACUGAUCACGCCAAAGUUAGAUACUACAUAUUCCUGGACUUAUGCGUCGAUCCGUCUGCAAUUUCAUCAUGAUCUCGACCACCAACAACGAAUAACUUGGCGAGCAUCCGCACGUUCAGCUCCCUCGAGUAUCAAAUCUCUUUCCUAACCCCGUGGGCUUUCCUAACAACUCUCAUCUACACGUCAAGUCGCUAGAAUCCGAUGGAUGUUCCCUCCAUGGUGUACCAGGGUGUAGUCAUUUUACUUAUUGGCCUUCAUGGGACCGGAAAGUCGACUUUCGCGGCAGCCGCAGCGGGGGCGGAUAUUGAGGUUGGGGAUGGUCUUGAUCCCUGUACGAGCAAAUGCGAGAGAUACAUUGUCGAGCAAACAUCCGAUGCUCCCCAGUUCACCAUCAUUGACACUCCCGGCUUUGCGGAUAAGAACACGACCGAGGAGAACAUGGAUGUCCUUCGGCUGAUUGCUGAAGAACUCCGCAACAUGGGACAGGAAAGGGUCAGCGGCAUCAUUUUUUUCCACAGCAUCGAAGGCGCCCGUCUGACGGGGGUCGACCAUGCCAACCUCCGGAUUCUUAAGUCGAUGUGCGGCGAAAAGUUCCAACGCCAUGUGGCCUUCGUCACAACCAGAUGGGAUUGCAUGAACGACAGUGAGGACGAGAAGCUCGUGACCCGAAACAACAAUAUUGAGGUAGAGUUCAAGAAACUAUUGCCAAAAGGUCCCGAAAUCUUCAAGUUUCUCAACGAUGGAGAGAGCCAUCGACCUGUACUUGAGCACUUUGCGCAGUUGGCCAGAACCGGCACUGUGGCACCUCCGCUUCAGUUUGCGGAGGAACUCGAACGGUAUUACAAUAAGUGGAUGUCGAAGAGAGCGGCGGUGGAGAAGACGAAGGCAGGGAAGGAGAUAAGAGCCACAUCGAGAAAGGUGGGCGGUUGGAAUUACUGCACGAUUCUAUAAAUUGGUACUCAUGAUAGUAAUAACGCCUAUUUUAGGAACGUCAUCGGAUUUUCAAGUUGCUCAAAUUUAGAGUCUAGCCCUCCCACCUCUGAUAGACUGAAGCAAUACUUCAGACCAGGUUUGGCCGACGCCCAGGCCAUAAACUUUGGCUGGGAUCAUGGAUUGAAAUGUCGCUCCCGCAGCGCUCCUAACAAUCGAAUCAAUC